UGUCGAACAUCUCUUACUGUCAGGAAGUUCUUCCUAAUGUUUAAGUGGAAUCUUCUUUCUUGUAGUUUGAGUCAUGAGAUUUCGUGAUUUCAUAAUAUCCUACCUCCGUGGACAUUGUAGAAUGGGUUUUUCAGGUAGGAAUUUGCCAAUGAGCAGCAUAAAAAAUGCAGGUUGUGCAUAACUUUUAAUAUGUUGCAAAUAUGUAUGCCACUUUAAAAAAUGAGUAAUUUCAUUUCAAUCCUUUUUUAUAUAACAGCAAAGGCUGCCCCCCAAGCCACCACUACAGCAGCUCCUGUGGAUGAAACAACUACAGAUCCUGUAACACUUACAUGUUUGCCUGAAUACAUGAAGGCAGUUAUUGGCAGAGAAUACCUUACUUCAAAAGGCUGCUCUGAGUGCAAUCUGUACUUGAGUGACCAAGCCUGCAAACCUGAGAUUACAAGAGAUGAAUUUAUAUUCUAUAUACCAUAUGAUGGUUGCGGGACAAGACGGGAGAACAAUGGAGGGGUUAGCAGUUUCUCCAAUACUGUCAGCAGCCGUGGAACUGGUGUAAAUCCUCAGUUUAUCUUCAUCUGCAAAAUGGAGCCAAGAGCCAUGAAGGAACUGACGCACAACAUAGAUGAAAUGGAAUCCACGGAAGAAGGCCGAAAGCAAAGUGGAUUAUUCCAUAUGAAAUUUUUAUUUUAUGACUCACCUUCCUUCGCACACCAAGUAGUUUCCAUGCCCUACUUUAUGAAGAUAAACCAGAAUAAAAACUUCGAAGUCGAAAUCUCUAACUGUAAUCGGAGGCAAAUAUUCUUCGUUGACACCUGUGUGGCUUCGCCUAGCUCUCAUGACUUCAGAACUACAACACAUACUCUAAUACAGAACGGGUAAGGGGGAGAAUAAGCUGAGAAACAUUUCUGCAUACUUUGGACAGGGUCAAUUAUUAGAAAACACACACGGGGGGGAGAGGGGGAACCCUGUGUUAAACUUUCACUUCAGCUGGCUCUAUCCUGCCAGGACUCUAAGCUCUUCACAGCCAUCCUUUUAUUAUUUUGUCUCUAUAGAUUCUACCUUCUAUUUGGCCACGAUCCGCUCCUACCUCUUUCCCUGGAUUUUUUUUUCACCUUUCCACUUCCCUUCUCUAAAUUUCUCAGUGCAGUUCUACAGUGUACAAAAAUGCACAUACUGGGGUCAAAUAUGAAUAAAAAUGCAUGUAUUCCUGGAAAAUAGCAUACAGAAAUGCAUUAUAUUAUGGAAGACGGCUUUGCAACAAUGUGUCUAUUGGGCAAAAUUGCAAUUGCUUAUCAUUCCUUCUCCAUUUUUCCCCCCCAGGUGUGUUAAAGAUUAUACCUAUACAGGUUCUUAUAGACAGAGGGUCACCCGCUUCAGCUUUAAACCCAACUUCAAAUGGUCAACAGUUUAUCUACAGUGCAAAAUUGUGGUGUGCAAUGCAUAUGACUCUAGAUCUCGAUGCUACCAAGGCUGCAUGCCCAGGCGUAAGAGAGAAAUAAGCGCUGGUCAAGAACACGUGCAAGUUAUUGGGCCAUUUAUCCUUCAUUAAGUAGUGUCACCUAGCAAUGCCCGCCAAGGUCAAUGAGGAUACUUGCAUAAUGACUCUGUCUGUGGCAUUAUCUUGAAGUAAUUCAUCACUGUAGACAGUUUCAUAGAGAAGCUGGCACUUCAGAUGCCAGAAUACAUGCUUUGAUCUGCCUUUGUAACUCCGAUCAUCUGGUAUCUUUGUAGUCAAUAUGAAAGAUCUGUAAAACCUUUGGCUUGAAGUCAUCACAAUUAGUUGGCUCACCAACUUAGCAAAACAAAUAAAGCUAGCUGUCAAAAAAAAAAAUCAUGUUUCUGUGUAUCUAAUCAUAUCGAGACCAUAAUUCACACAUUCAGGCCACUUGGGCAACCCCAUUGAAAGCAGGCAACUUUUCAUCCAAGGUUACUGAGCGGGUGGUUGCAGGCCAGAUCCAGGUGCUCUUGGAGGAAACUGAUCAAAGGUCAAAGACAGUUAUGGUCAAAGGUCAAAGACACCGCUGCUGGAGCUAUACAGGUGGCACAUGGUAUAAACAGUAUUAAAGAAUAUACAGUGGUACCUCUGGUUGCGAACGG